AUGCCCGAAUUCAUUAGCGUCACCUUCCCAAAUGAGUCGACGGAGCUCGCGCCCAUUCCCGGUGCGCCCAUCGAUCCCGAGUAUCUCGUUCGCUAUGCGCGCUCUCUAGAUGAUUUCGGAUAUAAUCACACAUUGGUGCCAUAUGAUUCAUCUUCCUUCGACCCCUUCACCAUCGGAGCAACAAUUCUCUCGGUGACCAAAAAUAUCAAAGUGAUCAUCGCUCUUCGCCCAAACACCCUCUACCCCACAGUCGCCGCAAAGGCCCUUUCAACUCUCGAUCAGCUAAGUCGCGGCCGAGUGGUCGUCCACUUCAUCGCCGGAGGCAGCGAUGCAGAGCAAGCCAAGGAAGGCGACUUCCUGAGUAAAGACCAGCGUUACGGACGUCUGGAAGAAUAUAUUAAGAUCCUCCGUCGUGCUUGGAAGUCCGAUGAGCCUUUUGAUUGGGAGGGAGAGUACUAUCAAUUCAAGCAAUUCAGCAACCGUGUGCGUCCCACAAACGGAACCAUCCCUGUCUCAGUGGGUGGAUCUUCCGACGAGGCAUACCGCAUCGGAGGCUCCCUUGCCGACAUCUUCGGACUCUGGGGCGAGCCACUCAAGGAAACAAAGGAGCAAAUUGACCGAAUCUACGCUGCCUCCGACAAGGCUGGUCGUCCCGAGUCCGACAGACCUCGCAUCUGGGUUACCUUCCGUCCCAUCCUUGCAGAGACAGAUGAUCUUGCAUGGGCCAAGGCACAUGCGACUCUCGAGGCGCUCUCCACUCACCGGGCAAAUGGCCAAGGCAAGGUCCCUGCCAACGCGCCGCCUCCUCAGAAUGUAGGCUCGCAGCGUCUUCUUGAUAUUGCGGCUCGUGGAGAAAUUCAAGACCGUGCGCUGUGGUACCCCACUGUCACUGCGACAAAUGCACGUGGUGCGUCUACUGCGUUGGUGGGAUCGCCUAAGACAAUCACGGACUCGCUGCUUGACUACGUGGACCUCGGUGCGGAUUUGAUUUCCGUCCGUGGCUACGAUAACCUUAACGACUCUAUCGACUACGGGCGCUUCGUGCUUCCUCGGGUGCGACAGGUCUUGAAGGAGCGCGAGAAUGGCACUUCAGCCUAA